AUGUCUGAGGCAGUCUACUCCCCAUCUUACGACUCGCCCGAGCCUGAGGCGCCCCGUACGUCCUACCACAAAUGGAACCACUUCGAGGUACGCACUUUGGUCUGCCUCAUCAUCAAGGGCGAGCACAAGGUGUCCAAGGAUCCCAUGGACAUGACCGACAAGCUCAACCGAGCCCUCAACCCUGGCUCCUCGGGCAGUAAGCCAGCCUACACUCGCGACAUCCCCCACGAGGAGGUACAAACGAUGCUGAGGCGCAUCCUCUCCAAGAAGCUGCACGCGGUGGACCUGGCCGAGCGCAACUACCAGACCCCGGUCACCCGCGCAAAGGUGAACGCCUUCAUGCGAAACCUGGGCUUCGACGGCAGCGAGGAGGAGUGGAAGCUGGGCAGGAAGGAGGAGGUCAGGGUGGAGAAUGAACAGAAGUUGUUGCGCUUCAUGAUCAGAAAGGAAGGGGGCCGACCCAGCCCUCGGUCGCGGGACGAGAGAGACAGACGCAGGAUGCUGCUCCGCGAGCCAAGGGCGAAGCGCCUCCUACGUGGUUGGAGCAUCGGUGCCAGUUUCUGGGAGGGACCCAAUGGCGAGAACCGCUCCAGAGGCAGAGAGAAGGGUAGAGGCUCCACUGCGUCGUCUGCAACCGUCGUUGACCCUGCCAACAUUCCCUACAUUACUGACAAGGCUCCUUCUCAGCCUGCUCAGUACUUCACUCCCAACACCCCCAACACAGCAGUGGCCAUGUGGGGCGGAGGGUUUGGUCAUUUUGCGGCAGCGACCCCAAAGACAAGUGCCAUCGUGCCUCCGUCCAUGUCAUUAGCUCCUGUGCUCGAUUACGAAAGCUACGGAAACACAUAUCAGCUCUGA